AGACCAUCGAGAUUAUGAAGUAUUUGUCGUAGCUUGAGAUAAAUGUGAUUAAGCAUAAAAGUAAACGUAAACGGAUUAAAAAUAUGGAUUCUACUACUUCCUCAGAAACAAACCUUAUGAUUAUUACCAAAAAAGCUAAAUUCAAAUUAUUUUGCAAAACUUAUUGGAGGACAAUGGUUGUACUUAUCGCUCCUAUAAUUUUAUUACCAGUUAUAUUUAUUAGAAGAAAUAAUGCGUACAAGAGUUUCUACGUAUUUUUGCUCAUGAUUGUAUACUGGACUCUCGACGUGCUCCAUCCUUGCGUGUUGGCCAUCAUGCCCAUCGGUAUAUCUUGUGUCAUGAGCGGAGUUGGCAAGAGUUUUAUUAGCGAGAUGUAUAUUCGAAACGACCUACUGGACUGUAUUGGAGUGAUGAUGAUCAUUAUAGCAAUAGAGAACUGUAUGGUGCAUAGGAGAAUUGCUAUCAAAGUCUUGCUCGUGUUCGGAUGCUCUCAUUAUCGACUAAGUUUUCUCCUAUUCUUCACAUGUAUGUUUCUCUCAAUGUGGAUCUCCAACAUCCUCGCUUGUGGUCUGAUGAUGCCAGUCGUCAAAGCUAUCCUCCUGGAGCUUGAAAAGAUGGGGAUCUUAGAAUUAUAUCAAACUAUUGGGAAAGCAACUCAAAAAUCUAAUAGACAUGAACAAAACAUGGCAAGGCCAUCCAAUUUCACAAUAUUUUAUUUUCUUGGACUUGCAUAUUCGUCUUCCAUUGGUGAUAUGGCGACAAUGAUGGGCAGUCAGACUAAUCAAAUAUUUAAAAUUUAUUGUGAAACCAUAUUUCCACUUGGACCGAAGAUAGAGUUUCCUCACUUCAUGUUACUGAAUCUACCUGGAAUGCUGGUUAUGGAAACACUACUAUAUAUGUGGAUGAACUUCAUAUUUUUGGGAAUGUUCAGAGGUCGAAGUGACGUAGAGGUCGGUCUGACGGAGGAAGAGGCUCUGUACAUAGACACGCUGCUAGCCACUCAUUACCGACAGCUUGGGAAACUAAAGUUUCAUGAAAUUGCGGUGUCUACUAUCGCAAUACUGACAGCCGUGUUGCAGGCCACAAUCAGCACGGCCCACAUCGAUCAGACGACGAACGGAAGCCCUGAGUUUCAUAAACAUUUCAGGUUGUCGUCGCCAUGUGCGCUGUGUGUUGUUCUGUUGUUUAUAACGCCUGUCAACCUGGACUUUCUCAGAUAUUUCAAGACACAGUCAGAUGAGAACACCGAACCACUGCCGAUUUCUCAAACCAAGUCUUGUUUGAAUUGGAACCUUGUGCGCAGAAAUAUUCACUGGAGCAUACCUUUGAUUAUAGCCGGUAGCAGCACUCUCUUCGAGUCACUCAGGGACUCUGACAUGAUACUGGAGUUUGAGAAGUUUCUCCUCAUCUUCGAGGGCUGGCCAGCAUCAGCUCUGGUCUUCGUCGUCGUACUCUUCUGCAAGACACUUACGGAGUUCGCGUCCAACUUCUGUGUAGUCUACGCUCUUCUGCCGAGCAUCGCUAAAGUGAGCGUACUCUGCGACGUGAACCCUCACUACCUGAUGAUGGCGUCGACCCUGGCCAGCUGUCUGCCGUUCCACCUCGUCACCGGCGCGCCAGUCAAUGCCAUGGUCAGCGCUUACGUCAACAUCCCGCCUUGGACAAUGAUGUACGCGGGCUUCGGUCCGUCAAUUAUCGCAGUGGUGGUGGUCUGGUUCACAGUAGCGGUGUGGUCCACCGCUAUAUGGACCGACAUCACACUCAAUCCGGAGUGGGCACACGCGAAUAUCUUCAGGUUAUUGAGGAAACAGAAUUAGAAAUAAGAUGGUUAUAGUUUGGUGCAGUGAAACCUUAACUGUUAUACUCAGAGACUUUUAAUGAUUACUUAACCCGGUCCUUAGCAAUUGUUUUCGAUACAAUAUCGUUACUAAGGAAUAGUUCAAGUGAUCAUUAAAUGACACUGAGUGCGGCAAAAAUACUUAGUUUUCUGUUAUUAAGUAAAUUAUACCUUAGUUAUCUAACUUUAAGAUUGCGAAUUAAAUAUUCUUAAAUCUCGUCAUAGCCUUAGUAAGUCUGUGAAUAUUUUGUCUACAUAAACUAUUUAGAAAUGGUGAAAUCUCGAUGUCACCCAAACAUUGUUUGAAGCAUCAAGUCUUGUUUAAAGGUAAGCGUCUACAGGCCCGCAUCGUACAUCGUACGCAUUCCGUAUGACGUCAUCAGUACGCAUCGCAUGUAGGCAUUGCUGAUGUUGCGGUGCGUACGAUGCGGAUCAGUGGACGCAGUUGUAUGAGUUUCUAUACAAGACUAACUAAAA